CGCAGCGGCUCCUUCUUCUCCUGCCUCUCCUAUGACUGACCGAUAGUGACCUCGGUUUUUGCAGCAGGACACACGAAUUGUACAAAAAAACGCAGCGGGAGAGAUGGCCGGGAUUUUCGGGAAGAUCUUCGUGGGUAUUUACGUGGAGAUAAAACGGAGCGACGGACGAAUACACCAGGCCAUGGUCACAUCACUGCAUGAGGACAACGAGAGUGUGACAGUGGAGUGGAUCGAAGGAGGAAACCUCAAAGGCAGGGAGAUCGACCUGGAGAGCGUCUUCGCUCUGAAUCCAGAUGUUGCUCCCGAUGAGGAGAUACCACAGAGUCCGGAGGCUCCUCUUCCUCCCUCCAGUGCUGCCAAAACCAGCAAAGCUCCCAAGGCCAGACGGAUUACAGCGAUACCUAAGGCUGAGAAUGCCCCACGGGAGAACAGAGCUGCAGCAGUGGGAACCACCCGGGCCCGUCCCAGUCAGCACAGUCAAGCCUCAGAGCCGCCUCCACCUGCCAUCGCCCCUCCACCUGCGCUCAGCCAGGCCCAGAUCCAGCAGCAGAACGCAGCCCGGAGGAAAUCCAAUUGUGUGAAGGAGGUGGAAAAACUGCAGGAAAAGCGAGAAAAGAGACGACUUCAGCAGCAAGAGCUCAGGGAGAAGAGAGCGCAGGAAGUGGAUGUCAAUUUACCCAACUAUGAAAUCAUGUGCAUGAUCCGAGACUUCAGAGCCAGUUUGGACUACAGGCCUUUAAACACAAAUGAUCUGAUCGAGGAGCACAGGAUAUGUGUUUGUGUUCGUAAACGUCCCCUCAAUAAAAAAGAGCUGUCACUGAAGGAUUUAGAUGUGAUCACCAUUCCCAGCAAGGAUGUGGUAAUGGUUCAUGAGCCCAAGCAGAAGGUCGACCUGACACGCUACCUGGAGAACCAGACAUUUCGAUUUGAUUACGCCUUUGAUGAGAACCCCACCAAUGAGAUGGUUUACAGGUUCACCGCUCAGCCGCUGGUCGAGACCAUCUUUGAGAGGGGAAUGGCAACCUGUUUUGCAUACGGACAAACAGGAAGUGGAAAGACACACACGAUGGGCGGAGACUUUUCAGGAAAGAACCAGGACUGCUCUAAGGGGAUCUACGUGCUGUCUGCCAGAGACGUUUUUCUCAUGUUAAAGAAGCCAAUUUACAAGAAGCUGGAUCUGCAAGUUUUUGCCACGUUUUUUGAGAUCUACAGCGGCAAGGUGUUUGACCUUCUAAACGGCAAAGCCAAGCUACGGGUCCUAGAGGACGGGAAGCAGCAGGUGCAGGUGGUGGGGCUGCAAGAGAGGGAGGUGAAAUGUACAGAGGACGUCCUUAAACUCAUCGAAGUGGGAAACAGUUGCAGGACUUCUGGUCAGACGUCUGCGAACGCUCACUCCUCUCGGAGCCACGCUGUGUUCCAAAUCAUUCUGCGUCGGAGGGGGAAGAUGCACGGAAAGUUCUCCCUUAUUGACCUGGCAGGGAAUGAAAGAGGGGCAGACACAUCCAGCGCUGACCGGCAGACUCGCCUCGAAGGAGCCGAGAUCAACAAGAGCCUGCUGGCACUAAAGGAGUGCAUUCGAGCUCUGGGCAGAAACAAGCCCCACACUCCAUUUAGAGCCAGCAAGUUAACCCAAGUGCUGAGGGACUCGUUCAUAGGAGAAAACUCCAGAACAUGCAUGAUCGCAACCAUCUCUCCAGGAAUGGCCUCUUGUGAAAACACCUUGAACACGCUGCGAUAUGCCAACAGGGUGAAGGAGCUCACAGUGGACCCCGCAGCAGCGAUAGAGAGUCGUCAGGGAGGACACGUCACCCAGCUGGAGGUGCUGGAGGCUCAGUGGGGAGUCGGGAGCUCUCCGCAGAGAGACGACCUGAAGCUGCUAUGUGAACAGAAUGAGGAAGAGGUUUCCCCACAGCUCUUCACUUUCCAUGAAGCCGUCUCUCAGCUGGUGGAGAUGGAAGAGCAGGUUCUGGAGGACCACAGGGCCGUGUUCCAGGAGUCCAUCCGCUGGCUGGAAGAUGAGAAGGUGCUUUUGGAAAUGACCGAGGAGGUGGACUACGAUGUCGAGUCGUAUGCAACUCAACUAGAACAAAUCCUGGACCAGAAGAUUGACAUUCUGACUGAGCUGAGAGAUAAAGUCAAGUCUUUCCGCUGUACACUCCGGGAAGAGGAACAAGCUAGCAAACAAAUCACCCCCAAAAGGCCUCGUGCACUAUAGGCACAGAUCAAAAUCAAUGAGAUUUCACUGUAAUAUUGACUCGUCUUUCAGGAGGUCACUGAUGAUGAGACAGCUGAUUUAGCUCAGCUGUGAUUUUACUUACU